AUGACGGACGGGAACCUGACCGUGAUCUCGGGCUGGUUCACGGACGCGAACCAACCCCCGUUAGAGAUAACGACUCCCGAGAUGUCGCUUCCGAGAAGCUGGUUCCGCCAGGGAGCACCACCUGACAUCGCCAAGCCUAUGCAUGAAGUCGUCAAGCCCGGAAAAAUUAUCACUACUCAUAAGCCUGAGCCAACCCAGUGGAGAGUUCUCGAAGCCCAGACGGAAAUCGAGCAUCAGCGUGGGAAAGAUCAGGCGAGGGAGGGUAAUCCCUCAUACGCAGCCUUGAAACUAUUAUGCGAGAAUGUGAGAGAUCCGAGCUUCCAGGCGCUCAUGCGUGUCUAUCUACAAAUCCCGUACACGAAUACGGAGUUUAUGGAAUCGACCACUCGCGCCACACAGGCCAUGGAAUUCAAGCCCAUCGAGCUAGAUGCACAUCAGGCUCCCAGCAAGGAUAAACAGACCUCUAAGUUCACACCAGCUCUACUCGGUUAUGAAGAGUCGCAACAGGACCAAUCAGGGCUAGUACCUGGCGGGUUUCUGAUUUAUGUGGUGUGGGAAUUCGUUCCUGGGCUACAGCUGGGCGAUUUAUCUGGGAAUGCUACCGCUUUCUGGCAGCUUCCGAGGACCGAGCGAGAUCGGAUCCGUGCGGCCUUCAAGAAGACCCUCCAGGACAUCAAAAGAGUCGGUUUCUGGCCAAACUCUGCUGAUGCACUGAAUCUCAUCUGGCAAUCGGAUAGUGGGAUGCUGUUCUGGGUCGGGUUUCGAGACUGUAAUAUGGCUCUUGAUCGGUGUAUUGCGUCUACGCCUGAACAGAUCGACGUCGAUACCUCGAAUCUGAGUGUUCGCGCACUCAGUCAGUUCAAGACGGAGAAACAGUAUGUUGUGGGUGGUUCGACUAGUGACUAG